ACUUACUUAUUUAUUGGUUAUAAGGCCUAGUUGUUUUCCAGUACAGGACCUAUGAUUCCACUUCACCGGACACUUCCUUUUAGAAGUGUUUCUGUCCGGAAUCUUUCUGUCACUUUCUAUUUCGUUGUGAUAUCGGGCCUUGUUACAUGUACUCCUUACCUAAUUCAACGAAGUAGAGUUAUGCAUAGAUCUAGGCCUACUGUAGAUCUAUUUGUGCAGGAUAAAAACAUAUUAGUUAAGUGUAUUUAUGCAAGAGCUUGUGCUACCGUAUGCAGGUUCACAGGAAAAAGUUAAAACUAGGGGUCAAAAAUUGGGUCACAAAUAGACUGCAGUAGACCGUCAGAUAAGACAGACUUUAGACUGGUAGAGGGUCAUAUUAUGUGACUGUGUAACCCGCCAUCAUGGUCGACUACAGUGUGAACGGCUCUGUCGCACUCUUACUUGUUAACAACCCACCUGUCAACGCACUCAGUUAUGCUGUCAGAAAAGGUUUGGCUGAUGGGAUGUCAAAGGCGACAAAGGACAAAAAAGUGAAGGCAAUUGUCAUAGCAGGGAAAGGAAGGACAUUUCCUGCUGGAGCGGACAUUCGAGAAUUCAGUGGUCCAAAAAGAGAUCCUUGGUUGGUUCCUGUGGGCAAUGGCAUUGAGCAAAGUGGUAAACCAGUGGUGGCUGCUAUCCACGGAACCUGUCUGGGAGGUGGCCUCGAAAUGGCACUGUUCUGUCACUACAGAGUGGCCCUCAAGUCUGCAAAGGUUGGAUUUCCGGAGGUGGCUCUCGGGAUUUUACCCGGUGCUGCGGGGACCCAGAGACUGCCUCGUGUCACAGGACUUCCCAUCGCCUUUGAUAUGAUAACUUCAGGACGUCAUGUUCCAGCGGAGCAGGCUAAGAAAUAUGGAAUCAUUGAUGAGAUUGUAACAGGAGAUAUAGUAAAUGCCGGUAUCAAGUAUGCGAUGAGUGUGGUAGGACAUUCCACUAUCCCACGGAGACUACGGGGCAGAGCGGUGCCCGAUGCUGAAAAUGUCCAGAAAUAUGCUGAUGCUGCCAUGGCUCAAGUGAAAAGGAAAUACAAAGGAUUCGAGGCACCAGUGUACUGUGUGAAGGCUGUUCAGGCUUCGGCAGGAAAAUCUUACGAUUUAGGAGUAGAAAACGAGCAAACCCUGUUCAAGGUAUUAGGACAGUCUGGACAGGCACGUGCUCAACAGUACGCCUUCUUCGCGGAGAGACUGGUUGGAAAGUGGGAAAUGCCAGGGGGAAACUCUCAAACAGCCAAACCUGUUCCUGUAAAGUCAGUGGCAGUGAUCGGGGCCGGGACUAUGGGGACGGGGAUAGCCGUGUGUAUACUCAGUGCUGGUCUUCCUUGUUACCUGGUGGAGCAGAAUUCAAAGUUUCUGGAUAAUGGAAUAAGGACCAUCAAGGCGCUGAUGGAAGGCAGCGUCAAGCUGGGCAAGAUUUCAUUAGAGGUCGGUCGGCGAGCCACAUCACUCCUGAAACCCACAAUGAGCUAUGACGACCUGACGGGUGUCGACUUGGUGAUCGAGGCGGUCUAUGAAAACAUAGAUUUAAAAAAAGAAAUUUUUGCCAAGUUGGACAGAAUUUGCAAACCAAGCACCAUCUUGUGUUCAAAUACUUCAAGUUUAGACAUUGAUAGGAUCGCCGUAGCAACAAAGCGACCAGAGAAGUGUGUUGGUGUACAUUUUUUCGCCCCUGCAUACCACAUGAAGCUCCUGGAGAAUAUCUACAGUACAAAGACGUCGCCAGAAACAGCUGCUACAGUGAUGAAGUUGGGCAAGACUAUUGGCAAGGUACCAGUACUGGUGAAAUCCUGUCAGGGCUUCCUGGCCAACAGAAUGAACACACCGUUUGGUAAUGAAUCCACAUUCCUGGUGGAGGAGGGGGCCCUGCCGUGGGAGGUUGAUCAGGUGAUGGAGGACUUUGGGAUGCCUAUGGGGCCCUUCAAGGUCAGAGAUCUGUCAGGACUUGAUAUCAGUAUGAAGAUAACAGCCGAGAUAGCAAAGACACUAGGUGUGACACUGACCGACGAGACUCGUUUUGUGGCGGGUAGCCGUUACAGUCACAUGAACACCAUGCUAGCAAAGAAGGGCAGGCUUGGCAGGAAAGCAGGCAAAGGUUGGUAUAAAUACGAGAAGGCAGGAGGGAAGAUUCCCACAAUAGACGAUGAGGUGAUUUCUAUAUUGGAUAAUCACCGCAGGAACCUGGGGAUAGAACGCCGCACUAUCUCUUCUCAGGAGAUCAUUGAGAGGUUGCUGUAUUCCUGUAUAAAUGAAGGAUUUAAAAUACUGGAGGAAGGGAUAGCAAAACGGCCAGAGGAAAUCGAUAUCAGCUGGCUGUACGGCUUCACCUUCCCCAAGUAUCUCGGAGGCCCCAUGUACUACGCCAAUCAAGUAGGAUUGAGUCGUGUUUACGACAGAAUCUGCUAUUACCAUGAAACCUUCCCAUACAGCAAACAUUGGGUGCCCAGUCUACUGUUACGGAGACUCAGCGAGCAGAACAUCCCCAUGUCACAGUGGAUGGCCAGUCCUGGGGCCAAACUGUAGGUUAUCACAGGUCAAGGUCACUAGAAGUCAAGGCUGACAUUCAUGUGUGAAAUGACAAUAUAUCAGUGUUGAUAACAGAAUAAGUUACUGGACAACUCCGGACCCAUAUCAUCCAAGUUAUUACACAAUCAGAAUUAUGGAGAUCUGGUGUAGACGGAUCACAUUACAUUGUCAAUGUACAGAUCUCUCUUGUUUAUCUAAACUUUAAACAGAUUUCACUUUAUUAUUGAUAUAUUACAAAAAGAUUACAAUCAGUUAAAUUAUGUGUAAAUCUAUUAAUUGAUUUGUAGAUUUUUUUUACGGAACUACAAACUUUUACUGUUUUUAUACAAGAUGUUUGAUUUUGUCUUAAGUAUUAGUAUAAUUUUACAGUAGAAAAUAUGUCAUAGAAGAUGGUGCUUAUAGGUGAUCUACCUCAUACAGAUAAUUACAGUACAUUUCUGAUUGAAUAAAAACAGAUGACCUCAUGUAAGGCUGGUUCAGGCUGGCUCUGAUUGGAUACAGUCAGGUAAUCUUAUGUAAAACUGGUUUUGAUUGACUUAUGUAAGACUGUUUAUGAUUGAAUACAAUCUGAUGAUCUUGUAUAGUAUCAAGCUUUGCUAGAGGAUAAAACUACUACAUGUAUGUGAACAGGGUGUAAGGCUGUUUCUGAUUGGAUACUCUAUGUAUGAACAUGUAGACCGUGUUUGGGGUAACAUCAAGAACACCUGUGUAACAUCGUUUCUGAUUGGAUGUGAAUGUAGGUGCUUUUGUUUAUAAAGACUAUGAUAUUAUUUUGUGACAUUGCAAUGCUGUAGGUAAUUGGAUACAAUGAGGUUAUACAUGUAUAUAUAGAAUAUGCUGUUGUAAAAAUGAAAAAUUGGAAUUAAAUGUGUCUGAAUUAAUGUUUCCAUUUAAUUACAAAGUCCCGUUAAGAAAUAUGUAUGCUUCAAUGAAAUUGGAUCAAAAAAUAAAAACCUCAAU